AUGGCUGAUAAACCAUUGAGUUUGGCUGAAUAUAUGUCUUAUAUUGAAGCCACCACGAGUUCAAGAUGUUUGAUCGAGGGAGAGGAAGUCCUCAAUGCUGGCCACAUUGUAUUACAUGGUCGAACUGAUUGCAGCCCAACAUCAAUCAAAAUAUGUGCAGUUUGCCUGCAAACUAGUGCAUUGCAGUCCCAUCCACACCAAAUCACUGGUGAACUGAAAAUUUCUAAUGGUGCAGCUAAAAUUUUCAAUAUGCAUUGUACUUGCAAAGCUGGAGCCGGAGGAAAAUGCAAACACAUUUCUGCAUUUUUGAUUUUAUUAACAAGGAAAAAUCUAUCUGAAUUGGAAGACAUUUCCAAAACGCAGUUGAGCUGCAUUUGGACGGAUUCCAAGGAAUCCGUUAAGGAGAAAUAUAAGGCAAUCUGUGUUACAGAAAUGCCCUGUAUUAAACCUAAACUAGGGAAGAAUCUACCUGUUAACAUAAAUUAUGAUUUGAAGAAAACAAUAUUGGAGUCCUUUAUGAAAAAACUCCCCAAUUCAGCAAUUGCAAAGCAUUCGAAAGGACGUCAUAGCGAUGACAGUGCAAACUCUGGUGCAAAUGUAGUUGCACUAGACAAAAAUAUUGCCAUGACAUCGGAAUUUGUGAAGAUUCUAGACAAUGCUGCCCAAUCUGUGCUGAUGAUGGAAAUACAUUCCAUGCCUUCUCUGUUCUCUUUCGCUUGUUGUGAGGGUGUUUUUUGUAACCUCUUGAAUGAGUCAGCAAUAAAACUUCUCAAUGCAACAUCAGUUUUUAUCAAAUCGCAAAGAGUACAAAUUUUGAAUGUAUUCACUUGA